CUUGGAAGAGAGAGGUACACUACUCCCACUCCCACUCCCACUCCCACUCUGUGAUCAAAGAUGGCCGUUGUGCUUGAUUCCUUCAUCUCCGGGCUGGUCCGUACGUUGAUGGACAUGGCUAAAGAGGAGGUGGACUUGCUGUUGGGCGUCCCCGGGGAGAUCCAAAAGCUCCAACGCACUCUCCGCAACAUCCAGUCUGUCCUUCGCGACGCCGAGAAGCGGCGGAUCGAGGACGAGGCCGUCAACGACUGGCUGAUGGAGCUGAAGGAUGUCAUGUACGACGCCGACGACGUCCUCGACGAGUGCCGCAUGGAGGCCGAGAAGUGGACUCCUCGUGAGUCCGAUCCGAAGCCGUCCACCUCGUGCGGAUUUCCCAUCUUUGCUUGCUUUCGCGAGGUCAAGUUCAGACAUGCAGUGGGUGUCAAAAUCAAGGAUCUCAACGGUCGGCUGGAAGAGAUCUCGGCCCGAAGGUCCAACCUGCAACUCCAUGUGUCUGCUGCCGAACCAAGGGUGGUUCCUCGAGUUAGUCGCAUAACUUCCCCGGUGAUGGAGUCUGACAUGGUUGGCGAGCGACUGGAGGAGGACGCCGAGGCACUGGUGGAGCAGCUG